UCUUGUUUCCGAACGGAGGAGCUCUCAUAAGCAAAAGGAGGAAUUUCAAGAAGAGGCUGAAGAAUCAAUUCUCGACGAUCAGGAAAACAAGAAAAUGAUCGGAAAAGAAGGAAGUCUGGAACUGCUUACGCUGCUCAACGCCGGAGACCAUCGGACUUUCAAUGAAAUCUUCAAUGAUUUCAGUUCCAGACUCCCUCGCCAAAUGCAUUUCAAAUUCUGUUGCGCCCUAGCCACUCUCAUCCAGGAAAAGGAGAUGCUUAAACCUACUCAGCGGUUGGUUGCAUUUUCCAUUCUUUUUAUGAACUAUUCUAAGCAGCAUCCGUCUUUUAAUCCAUUCAUACAUAUGCUUGUAAAUAUUGCAUGUGAUGAUGGUGCUAAAGAUGUUGAACGUGCGUUUAUCUUGUGGUUUCUCAAUCCAACAGGCGAUCUUAGAACAGAGAUUCCUGGGAUGUCCGCCACAUUCUAUAUCAAUGCGUUUGAUCCUUCCUUACUUGUAUUGCCUCAAAAAGAGCAGUUGAAGGAGCAGUACUGUAGGGAAGUACAACCGGAGCCUUUUAGCUUUUUCAAGAACACUUAUGUAAGAAGUUUUAUUUCGGAUCCUGACUUGCCUCGUGGUUGUGAUGCAAAUUCACAAGAGUUUGAACUGCGUCCUGGAAUGAAACCUAAGAUUGGUUCUGGAGACCGAAAUGAAACCUUGUCUGAGUUGUUGCAGACUUCAUCAUUGGAAGGAGUCGGUCCUCGUUGGAUUAGACCUGUUCCACCAAGGCUUCCUGUACUAGAUGAUGAAUUGGUUUGGCUCAAUCCUGAUAAUACUCAUGAACUUUUAUGGGAUUACGGAAUGUGUGCUGAUGCUAGUAGAGGAGCUGCUGUGAGAGAUCUAAUUGCAAAAGCCUUAAAGGGGCCUCUGACACCUACUCAACUGGAGCAAGUCCUGGUGGAGUUGACAAAUGAUCCCAAGCUUGUUCAUCACUGUGGUGUGACACCAAGAAAGCUUCCGGAACUUGUAGAGAAUAAUCCCAUUAUUGCAGUUGAAAUGCUUUUCAGAUUGAUGAAUUCACCUGAAAUCUCAGAAUAUUUCACUGUUCUUGUCAAUAUGGAAAUGAAUCUGCAUUCUAUGGAAGUGGUAAAUAGGCUGACCACGGCAGCUGAGCUUCCAACUGAAUUUGUACACAUGUACAUCACACAUUGUAUUUCAUCCUGCCAGAAUAUCAAGGACAAGUUCAUGCAGAACAGACUUGUGAGACUUGUGUGCGUCUUCUUACAGAGCAUCAUCCGCAAUAAAAUCAUCAAUGUUCACGAUCUUUUUAUCGAAGUUCAAGCCUUCUGUAUUGAGUACUCGCGCAUAAGGGAAGCAGCUGGACUGUUUAGGCUUCUGAAAACCUUGGAGUAAUUCUCUCCAUUUUUGGCCCAUAUCUACUAGUCAUUCCAAUUUGAUGUAUAUAAUAUCUUUUUUUCUUGAACCAUUCAUUGAUUGAAUUGACAUGUGCAAACAAUCUGCACAUCCAUUUGCUUCCAUUGAUUAGUUUGUUUGUGCCUUUUUGGUUCUCCAUAAGCUCCCAUACAAAAUGGUGUAGGCAUAGUAAUAAAGAAGGAAUCUCAUGGUAGACUUUAUGUUCUA